AGGACCGCAUUUCCAACUGCAGAAGAAGAUUUUUGGAUCCAAAACGAAGUAAGAUCCGCUGCAAGAACAAAAUGAAAACUGAUUUGGUAGCUCAGAAGCUAUUUUGUGGAGCUCUUAUCAGUCUUCUUGCUUUGAAUUGCUUCUCAACAUUCGUUUCCUCUGAAUCAGCCAAGCUCGUCAGUUCUGAAGUGGAAGCUCUAGGAAAGAUUGCGAAGCAAUUGGGGAAGAGAGAUUGGGAUUUUAGUGUGGAUCCUUGCAGUGCAAAUGGAAACUGGAGUGAUGCUCAACCAAUGGUGGGAUCCGAAAACUUCGUCAGCUGCAACUGCUCUUUCAACAACAACUCCACCUGCCAUGUCGUAAGCAUGUCACUAAAGGCCCAAAACCUUUCGGGACAGCUCCCGCCAGAAUUUGAAAAGCUUCAGUUCCUCCAGCAACUUGACCUCAGUCGCAACUACCUCAGUGGCUCUGUUCCUUCCCAAUGGGCCAACAUGAGCUUGGUCGGACUCUCUUUCAUGGGGAACCGUUUGUCAGGGCCAUUUCCGAAAGUGCUCACCAACAUCACCACCCUCACAAAUCUGAGUAUAGAAGGGAAUCGUUUCUCUGGAGCCAUUCCUCCGGAGAUUGGGAAAUUGAUCAAUUUGCAGAAACUGGUUCUGUCGUCGAAUAAGUUCACUGGAGAAUUGCCUGCGGAACUUGGCAAGCUGAUCAACUUGACUGACCUGAGGAUAUGUGACAACAAUUUCUCUGGAAAGAUACCAGAUUUCAUAAGCAACUGGACAAGAAUUGAAAAACUUGUAAUGCAAGGGUCCUCUCUUGAGGGGCCCAUCCCUUCCAGCAUUUCUGUGUUGACAAGAUUAAGUGAUUUGAGGAUUAGUGACCUACAUGGGAGAGGAUCGGAUUUCCCACAGUUGAGUAGCAUGCAAUCCCUGAAGACACUGAUAUUGAGGAAAUGUUUGAUUAGUGGAAAUAUUCCUGGAUAUAUAGGCGAGAUGACGACACUAAAAAAUCUAGACCUGAGCUUUAACAACUUGACUGGUGAAAUUCCAACAUCCUUUGAGAAACUAGCCAGAGUAGAUUUUUUGUAUUUAACGGGAAACAUGCUUUCCGGACGUUUACCUGGUUGGAUCCUGGGCAGAAACAAGAAUGUGGAUAUUUCCUACAACAAUUUCACAUAUGAAGAAGGCUCGGAUCCAACUGAAUGUCCUCGAGGGAGCGUUAACUUGAUGGAAAGCUACUCCUCAACAACAAACAGAAUCAGAAAUCCAUGCCUAACAAGAAACUUCCCCUGUAAUGCUCCAAAUAAACAAUAUCGUUAUAACUUGUACAUCAAUUGUGGAGGAAAGGAAUUUACUGAUGGUAAGACCAAGUAUGAAGCAGACUUGGAAGCGCGAGGUGCUUCUAUGUUUUAUCCAAACCCAGGUCAAAACUGGGCAUUUAGUAGCACUGGGAACUUCAUGGAUAAUGAUAUUGAUGCGGAUGUCUAUAUAACAACCAACAAUUCUGCCCUCUCCAAUGUCUCAGUGGUCAACCCUGAAUUGUAUAGAACAGCGCGUGUUUCUCCCCUCUCUCUUACCUACUAUGGACUAUGUCUUAUAAAUGGUAAUUACACAGUGAAACUCCACUUUGCAGAGAUAGUUUACACAAAUGACAGUUCAUUUUACAAUGUUGGGAAGCGUAUAUUUGAUGUUUAUGUUCAGAAAAAAUUGCUCCUGAAGGAUUUCAAUAUUGAAGAGGAGGCUGGUGGACCUAGUAAGCCUAUUGUAAAGAAUUUUACUGCAACUGUGACAAAUCACACUUUGGAAAUCCAUUUUUACUGGGCAGGAAAAGGAACAACAGGCAUCCCAGAUAGAGGAGUCUAUGGUCCUCUAAUAUCAGCCAUAUCAGUUGAUCCUAACUUUAAACCCCCUUUAGACAGUCGCAGGAAGACUACUAUCAUAACUGUGAGUGGGGUCUUAGCUUCAUUGGUGGCCCUCACGCUAUUGCUUUUGGUUGUUCUUUGGAGGAAAGGCUUGCUGGGAGGAAAACUCAGCUUGGACAACGAUCUUAGGAGUCUAGAUCUACAAACAGGAUCGUUCAGCUUAAGACAGAUUAAAGCUGCAACCAAGAACUUUGAUGCCGCAAACAAGAUUGGGGAAGGUGGUUUUGGUUCAGUUUAUAAGGGUCAAUUAUCAGAUGGAACAGUGAUUGCAGUGAAACAGCUUUCCUCAAAAUCUAAGCAAGGAUGCCGUGAAUUCGUGAACGAGAUAGGCAUGAUUUCUGCAUUGCAACAUCCAAAUCUUGUUAAGCUUCAUGGAUGCUGUGUGGAAGGCAACCAGUUACUGCUGGUUUAUGAGUAUAUGGAAAAUAAUUGUCUUUCCCGUGCUCUAUUUGGACGCGAUGCAACAUGCAAAUUGAAAUUGGAUUGGCCAACCAGGCGCAAGAUUUGCAUAGGCAUAGCUAGAGGUCUAGCCUACCUCCAUGAAGAAUCAAGGUUGAAGAUUGUGCACAGAGACAUCAAAACUAGCAAUGUUUUGCUUGACAAGGAUCUCAAUGCCAGGAUAUCUGACUUUGGUUUGGCAAAGCUUAAUGAAGAUGAUAACACUCACAUCAGUACUCGGGUAGCUGGGACUAUAGGUUAUAUGGCUCCUGAAUAUGCAAUGCGUGGUUACUUGACCAACAAAGCAGAUGUUUACAGCUUUGGAGUAGUUGCAUUGGAAAUAGUCAGUGGGAAGAGCAACACAAAUUAUAGGCCAAAGGAGGAAUUUGUAUAUCUUCUUGACUGGGCCUAUGUUCUCCAAGAAAGAGGUAGUCUACUGGAGUUAGUUGAUCCAAACUUAGGAUCACAAUAUUCAUCGGAAGAAGCGAUGGUGAUGCUGAAUGUGGCUCUUCUAUGCACCAAUGCAUCUCCCACACUUAGGCCUAUUAUGUCUCAAGUGGUUAGCAUGCUUGAAGGCCGAACUGAUGUGCAAGAUCUACUUUCUGAUCCAGGAUUUUCAGCUGUUGAUUCAAAAUUCAAGGCCAUUAGGAAUCACUUUUGGCAACAGCCGAGUCAAACCUUUAGUAUGUCAAGCAAUGGGCCUGAAACUGAUUCCUCUAUAUCAAAUUUAGAUAGGGAAGAGAGUGGACCUCUUUUAAGAGCUAGUUCACGUGAUUCUAUUGAACAAAUAUUGUAAAUUCAAGAUUUAUGUAUAUAGUAGUUGGAAGAACUUCCUUAUUGUAUA